GCUGAAACAGAAAGGAAGUUCAAGAUAAUUCACGUGUCUGGAGAGAAGGGGGAAAUGUCCGCUUCCCUGCUAAGAAAGGGACUGGAACUUCUGGAGACGGCGGGAGUGUCCGACUCCUCUCAAAGAUCAGUGACCGCCGCCCGACCCAAUAAUCUGUUGAAAAAGAAGAAAAACAAAAGUUCUAGGUCCAAAAGAGACAAGGCCACAAUCAAAGGAAGAAUUAUCAAAUCUGCGUUAGAGGAAUAUCAGAAACAUCAAGCAGCUGAUCACUUUAAGAAAAACAUGCAGUAUAUGAUGGGUACUCAUUGUGUGGCAGACAGUACAAUUACUGAAAAGAUUUUAACCCAAAACAGAGGGAGGAAAGCUAAAGACCGCCCUGUAGAAAAAGUAAAGAAGAAGAAGCCAGAAGGAACUGUCUUCACUGAAGAAGACUUCCAGAGAUUUGAGAGAGAGUAUUUUGGAAGAGUUGGAACAAUCUGACAAAAGUAACUUGUCCAUCAUUGCUAAAAAUAUCAGCAUCAGUGAGCAAAUGCUUGCCAGUCUUUUUCUGGUUGGGAAGUAUGUCUAUUAUAAUAGGCUACAAUAUUUCUACAUAUGAUAUGCUCAGUUGUUGCACUUCAUAUGGAACGACGGUUUGUGCCCAGAGUGGAGAAUCCAGAUCUUUGAUGCUGAGUUUGGACAUAUGACUCUUAAGAUUAUCUUUUGACUCUCUGCUAGAAAAAAUAUCUUCCCUGAACCAGAAAAAACAGUCUUUUGCCACAUUUGUUAGGAGUAAGUUAACUUAAACAAGUAAUUUCUGUACAUAUAGAAGAGAGAAUUUGCAUUUCAUGUUGCAAUAUCAGAGCUGAAAGGAUUGCCUUAUUGCAUAAUUGUAAAACUAUUAGUUUUGCUGCAACAAACUAACAAUUACACUUUUUAGUAGUAAUAAUUGAUUUAAUUUAUAGCCAAAUAUUUCUUUAGUUCUUCAUUUAUAACAACAUAGUAACAGUCAGAAUUAUAGGCAUUUGAAGUGCUUCCACAAGGAUAUCACAAACAAUAUUUUUUGCUAUACUUAAGAUGCAAGUAUAGUAAGUCCAUUUUUUGUGAUACUUUUUAGGAAAGGGAUAUUCUUGUGAUACUCUCUUCUUCUCAAAAAGGAGUCAUAUAAUUUCCUACCAUAUUCUGUUAGUUACUUUUCAAGUAUUUUUUAGUUUAUUCAAUGUAUCAUUUGUCAUUUCUUUAAUAAAUGAAAACUUUACAGAAAUAAAAUGGCCAAUUACACCAGACUGUUUAGGCAAAAGUUGUUUGUGAAGUACCAGAAAUGGUAAAAUUAUGUAUGAUUUCAUGAUUUAUAACUAUGCAGUUACUACAUAAGAACAGUAAUUUGUGCAUUUUACUAAAAAUAA